AUGGAACAAAAAGCAUCUAAAUCAGAACUCUACCUUAAGCAAAGAGAGGAGAUUGUAAAGAAGGAUCGUAAAGACUACUUCUGUGUGGAUGUACCCUCACUCACAGAGGAAGAGAAGAAGGCGGAUGAAAGUUUCUUGAAAAUCAAGGAAGAAUUACUUUCAGAUGGCAAGAUGCCCUUUUUGGAUAAUUAUUACAAAAGUUUUCCUGUUAUCUCUAGCAGUAAGCUGUUUAAAUCUCUACAUAAGAUGCCAAAAGGAGCACAUCUGCAUCUUCAUAUGACUGCUGCUUCAAGAAUUGAUUUCUUAAUGGAAAUUGCUAAAGAAGAUUGUGUUUAUUACAAUGAGAGUCUAAAUCUAUGUAAGGUUUUUGUAGAAAAUGAGCCAGAAGAAGGCUAUAAAAAGUGCUCUGAGAUCAGAGAAAAUUGGGAUAAAGAAGGAACAUUUGACGACUUCCUCCAAGACAAGAUUCUGCUUAAUGAAGAAGAUGUCAGUUCCAAGCAUAGCAAUACCAUUUGGUCGAAGUUCCAGCCUAAAUUCGAUGUUACUUUUGAUUUAUAUAACUACGAAAAGUUCUUUGAAAGAAUCUUAUAUCAAGUAAUGAUAGAUCAUAUAGAGGAGAAGUGCUUUAUUCUAGAAUUCAGACACAUCUUCGGUUGCAUUUUCAAUGACAAGCAUGAAGUAAUCAGCCUAGAGGAUGAACUAGCUCUUUUUAAUAGAUGUAUUGAGAAAGUAAAGGAGGUUGAACCCUCUUUUUCUCUAAAACUCAUAUCCUGUGGGCUCAAGAUUGUCGGAGAAGGACACAUAAACAGCCAACUUAAAUCAUGUAUUGAAGGACUCAAGAAGACCAAGAUUAUUGCAGGGUUUGACCUUGUCUGUGAAGAAGAAAUCACACCUCCUCUACUUACAUUUCAAAACUUGAUCAGACUUGCACAGGAAGAUGAAGAAACUCCAGUUAAUGUGUAUCUUCAUGCAGGAGAAACAAGCUCAAGAUUCGGUGAGAACGUCUAUGACGCAGUUAUUCUUGGGACCAAGAGAAUAGGACAUGGAUUUGCUAUCCAGAACCACCCUCAUCUAAUAGAAAUUGCUAAAGAGAAUGAAAUCUGUCUAGAAGUCUGUCCAUUGAGUAAUUUGAUUCUUGGAUAUACCUACGAUUUGAGAUGGCAUCCAGCAAGAUCUUUAAUGUACAGAGGAGUUCCUCUCACAAUCUCAGCAGAUGACCCAGGAUUCUGGAAGUCCCACGGAACAACUCUAGACUACUGCUAUAUAGCUCUAGCAUGGGAGCUGACUCUGAAAGAGCUCAAACAGUUUGCUAUUAAUGGUAUAAAACAUGCUGCCCUCAAUGAUACUGAAAGAGAGAAGCAACGUGAGAAAUUCGACGAGGAAUGGACUAAGUGGAUAGAGCACCUAAAUUCACAAGAAUAGGGUCUAAAGUCACCUAGAAGUAUAUUUUAAUGCCUAAAAGAUCCAUGGCUCUCAUUUAUA